AUGGUUUCCACACAGGGUGACUUCAGCUUUGAUGAACAUACUUGGAAGACCAUCUCUUCAUCCGCGAAGCAGUUGAUUUCCAGUCUUCUGAACGUCGAUCCUCACAGAAGACCACUGCACAUGAGGUCAGUUGGUUAUCGGCCUUUAAUAUCCGAAACCAGUUCUCUCCCUUUCAAAUGGAAUUUAGACCUCUCCUCAGCAAUUGCAUCUAAUCAUGCAGCAAUAGCGAGCGUGUUGAGUAGCACAGUUUUCUUGAGAACGAAGAAGUUGAGGACUCUGUUAGGGUUCCAUGAUCUUACUAAUGAGGAGCUUGAGAAGCUGAGAAAACAUUUCAAGAGAAUUUGUGCAAAUGGAGACAAUGCCACUCUUUCCGAAUUUGAACAAGUGCUAAAAGCAAUGAACAUGAGCUCGCUUCUCCCCCUUGCUCCUCACGUCUUUGAUCUAUUCGACAACAACCAUGACAGGACUGGUUUUACUGGUUUAAUUUUAGUUAACCUCAGAAAUUCACAUAGAGAUGAUGCUCUCCAGCUCUGCUUCCAGAUGUAUGAUACAGACAGGUCAGGAUGCAUCACAAAGGGAGAAGUAGCGUCAAUGCUUAGAGUAAAUAUCUCUCCCCCUUCCUUUGAAGCCUGCAGAGUUUCAAGAAAUGCUAAGGCAGUACAAAGGUGCAAGAUAUGUCCAUUGAUCUGA